AUGCACCGUGAUGACUGCCACAAAGCGGGGACAGUAUCUCGGGCGGCGGGAGCGGCACCAUCUUUUCCAGCAGCCGCCGAAAGCUCGGUUGUAAUGGAAACUGGGGGCGAUGCCAGCACAGCCCCUCCGCGGAGGGGAGGCGGCGACGGCGAGUUAGCAACUGCUGGUGUAGCAGAAGCCGCUGGUUUCCAAGCGGCCGCCGCUCGCCCACCGGCUCCUGCGGGGGGAGAGGAUAUGAAUAUGGAUGAUGAGCCAGGCAGCGCUAGUCGAAGAGGCGGCGGCGGCGGCGUGGAUCCUGCUGCAGUGCCGAAAGGAGGCAGAACCAUGGCCCCCGCCCCCUUUCCCCGUGUGCCUUACGCCAAAGAUCCUAAAACAGCCCACCAGCGCUUUCUGCGGAGGAGUGUGGUGGAUUCCGAUCAGGAGGAGCCCCCCUUUGAGCACGCGGAGCCGGAGCAGCAGCAACAGCCCAAGAAGAUCCUCAUCCUCUCCAAAACCAGGCGGAUAAUCGCCGAGAGGGCGAAAGCGGGGCAGAGGCCCGUGGUGGUGGAAGAGACGCGGCCGGGAGAGGAGCCCGCCGGCCAGGUGAAGGGGGUGGCCGCCGAGAGGGUCUCGGCAGGUGACCAGGCGAAGGAGGGCGGCGGCAAGGAGGAUGCCGGGAAAAAAGAAGUGUCCGAACCUUCCAAGGAUCAGGGCAAGUCCAAGAAAGAGGAGGCCGAAGAAGAGGAGGAGGAGGCCGAUAUGAAAGCGGUGGCCACCUCCCCCGAUGACCGGUUCCUAAAGUUUGAUAUUGAACUUGGCAGGGGAUCUUUCAAAACGGUCUAUAAGGGGCUGGACACAGAAACGUGGGUUGAGGUUGCUUGGUGCGAACUUCAGGAUCGAAAGCUGACAAAAAUGGAACGGCAAAGAUUUAAAGAAGAAGCGGAAAUGUUGAAAGGUCUUCAGCACCCAAAUAUUGUUAGGUUUUAUGAUUUUUGGGAGUCGUGUUUAAAGGGAAAAAGGUGUAUUGUGCUGGUAACAGAACUGAUGACCUCCGGAACUCUGAAAACCUAUUUGAAGAGAUUUAAAGUGAUGAAACCAAAAGUUCUUCGUAGCUGGUGUCGGCAAAUCCUAAAAGGUCUUCUUUUUCUGCACACUCGAACACCACCAAUUAUUCAUAGAGAUUUAAAAUGUGACAAUAUUUUUAUAACUGGGCCAACUGGAUCUGUGAAGAUAGGAGAUUUGGGUCUGGCAACUCUUAAGAGAACUUCAUUUGCCAAAAGUGUCAUAGGUACUCCGGAAUUUAUGGCCCCAGAAAUGUAUGAAGAACACUAUGAUGAAUCAGUGGAUGUAUAUGCUUUUGGAAUGUGUAUGUUGGAAAUGGCUACCUCAGAAUAUCCAUAUUCAGAAUGCCAGAAUGCUGCUCAAAUUUACAGGAAAGUAACCUCUGGUGUCAAACCAGCAAGUUUUGAUAAAGUUACUGAUCCUGAAAUUAAGGAGAUAAUUGGAGAGUGUAUUUGCAAAAAUAAAGAAGAGAGAUAUGAAAUUAAAGAUUUAUUAAGCCAUGCCUUCUUUGCUGAGGAUACUGGGGUGAGAGUGGAACUUGCAGAAGAAGACGAUGGUAGAAAAUCCUCUAUUGCCUUAAGACUCUGGGUAGAAGAUGCUAAGAAAUUGAAAGGGAAGUCCAAAGAUAAUGGAGCCAUUGAGUUUACUUUUGAACUGGAGAAAGAAACUCCAGAUGAUGUUGCACAAGAAAUGGUUGAUGCCGGAUUCUUUCAUGAAAGUGAUGUCAAAACAAUUGCAAAAUCAAUACGUGACAGAGUAGCCUUAAUACAGUGGAGAAGAGAGAGGAUUCCCAUGUUGCAUUCAGAAGAUCAUUGGGACCCGGAAAGCUUAGAAAAAACAAAGGCCACACAAGCACAACCACUUCAGAUUACACACCCUUCUCGUGCUGGUCAUCAGAUUCCAUCAGAACCAGAUGAGCCUGAAGUGGACCAGCAACUUUCUCAACAAAAUCUGCCCACAAGCAUUACUUCACUUGCAUCCGAUAGCACAUUUGACAGUGGUCAAGGAUCAACUGUGUACUCAGACUCCCAGAGUAGCCAGCAAAGUGUGAUCUACUCUUCGGUUCCUGAUGCAAUAACUCCAGCUGUUCAGCGUGUUUAUAGCCCACCUCUCAGUGAGAGCCAGACUUUGCCACAUGGUCUUCAGCAGAUAGGGCCCUACCAGCAACCUUCAGUACCUGGACUUCCAGUGGUUCAGGGUCCAACUGCUGUUGUGCCUCCGCGGCCACAACUUUAUCCAGAACCAGCAAUUCCAUUUCCUAUUGUCCAUCCCACCUCAGUUGCCCCUGUGCAGAUGAGACAACCUCAGCCUGUAUUAAUCAGCCAGCAGCAAUCCAUCUCAAGCCCAGCUCCUUUACAGCAAGUUUUCAGCAACCAGCCCGUGUGUCCAGUACAGCAACCUGCACCUCAUCUUUUGUCCCAGUUUCAAGCGCCCAGUUCUCAUAUGGCAGCUACCAGUGCACCACUGGCACCUCUGCAGGUCCCCUCUGUGCAAUCACUUCCACCGGUUCCACCUGCUCAAAUUCCUCAGUUCCCCAUCAUUCCUGCAGUCACCCCUCUGGUAGGACUUGACACUCAUCCUUCAAACCUGUCUGAUAUACCUGCUGCAAAUAUGACCCCCGUCCCUGCUCCUUCUCAAUAUUUUCCUUCAGCUGUGAUAAUACCAAGCCUUCCUGUGAACUCAGCUCUGCCACUGUCAUCCAAUUCCCCUGCCCUCCCCAUGCAAGCAGUCAACCUUCCUCAUACUACUGUGGCUUCCUUGGUCUUACCCUGCCAAACAAUUGUGCCAAAUAUGCCAGAUGCUACAGUACCAUUAAUUUCUAUGCCUCUACCGGGAGUGUCAGCUUUACCAACACAUCAUGCGGCAGCCCAGCUCUCCCAACAACAAAUGUACCAGGCUACCCUCCAGCAGAUAAUACAAAACGAAGCUAUGUCUUCUCCCCUCCACACUCAGAAUAUGCAAGCAGUUUCACAACAGCAGCAACAGAUGCUGUCUUCACUUCCACAGUCACUCCAGCCAAGCAUAAUUCAUCCUUCAGAACAGGCUAUGUCUGCUUCUGGGGCUGGUAAUCAGAUUAUUGGACAUCCUCAGUAUGCUGUGGAUAUUGGAACCCAUAUACCUGCAUUGCCAGUGCAGGCGUCUGCCAUUAUAUCACCACCAUUGCAAUUGCAGCCUGAAGCAAUGCUACCCCGUAUUGCUUCAGAUGGACUUUCACAAAGCAAUCUUGGCACAACUAAUUCAGCAAUGUUGGCAGAUCAUGGACUGCCCCUUCAAUGCUCUGCUUACCCACAAUCUCAGUCAGACAGUCACCAGCUUCCUGGCCAGCAGGUUCCAACCACAGGUCCAGUUUCAGAACCUCCUCAAGAGGUGGAGCAAGCAGUACUGGAGAAGCAGCAGUCACUGUCACAGAGCUGUGAAAGUUAUAGGAGUCCUGAUGUUGCUUCUGGAAAAGAGAUGAGUGACAGUUUUGAAGGAACAAGUGGAGGUGGGAAACAAGAAGGAAAACCUUCAAAGAAACACAAAAAAUCAGCACGUGCUCGUUCACGCCAGGAAAAAUCCAAUAGGCCCAAGCUUACCAUUUUAAAUGUGUGCAAUACAGGGGAUAAGAUGGUGGAAUGCCAACUAGAAACACACAAUCACAAAAUGGUCACUUUUAAAUUUGAUUUAGAUGGUGAUGCUCCAGAGGAAAUUGCUACAUAUAUGGUUGAAAAUGAAUUUAUACUACCAACUGAGAAAGAGGUAUUUAUUGAGCAACUGAAAGAAAUUAUUGACAAGGCAGAAGAUAUGCUUAGUGAAGAUACUGAAGGGGAGCGAAGUUCUGAUCAAGGCGUCAGCCCUCAGCAAGAUACCUACAAGCUUGAAAUCAAUGAGGAGAAUCGCCAAUCCCAUGCAAGAACACCCGUCUACCAACAGAAUGUUCUGCAUACUGGGAAACGUUGGUUUAUCAUUUGUCCCGUUGUGGAAAAUCAAGCUGACGAAGUACCAGAAUUCUCAUCUCAUGCACCUCAAAGUGCAAAGCAGUCUGAAGCCCCAGGUCUGGAGCUGUUGGAUGAUCAGCAACAGAGCUCUGCAGUGACAGAAAAACAAACAAGCUUAGCUUAUCAACAUAUUUCUAAUCAACUUGGCUCCAAUGAGUGUCCCAGAGGAACUCCUCCUUCUUCUUUAACACAAGUUUCUGUACAAUCUUCAUUAACUUCCCUUUCACAGGUCCAUCCAAUGUUAGCUUCAACCACACUAGAAAAAAUUGCUGAAAGUACAAGUCAGUUAGAAUGCCCUUUGCCACAACCAGUCUUAGCCAGUCAGUGUGACACCCCUGCCCAUGCUACAGCUACAUCUGAAGAACAUUUUGAGGAUAAGGUCCCUCUAAAAACCUCACAGCACACAGUACAAAAGAAAGAUGAGAAAACUUGCUUUCCCAAUAUAGAACACGAACACAGCACAGCUGGACUGCCAAAACCAUUUCAGUCUACUCCUGUGCAGACAACAGAAAAUUCUUUCCCUGUCAUCGCUGAUGCUCCUGUUUCGAAACUUCAGUCUUCAACCCAAACCCCCAGUUUGUCAGAUAAUACUCAGCUUGGCCAGAUACCACAUUCUUUUGUAGACCAGAUACCUCCCAUGCCUGCAGUCUCUGAACUUCCAGUUUCAGCAACAUCUCAACUUUCAAGUCCUCCUCACCUCUCAACAACUGUAUCUCAAUUGCAUAUGCCAACCCAGUCCCAGCCAGUGGUAUCCACUGGCUCGGCUAUGACUGCACCUCAGCCACCUUGUAUGGUAGAAUCAGAUGGUGAAGGGCCACCAAGAGUUGAUUUCACUGACAACACAAUAAAAAGUUUGGAUGAGAAACUUCGCAACCUGCUGUAUCAAGAGUAUAUUCCAACAUCAUCUGCUUCAGCAGCAACACCAGACCAAGUGGAUGGUGAAUUUAAUCUGGCAUCUUUGCCUGCACUUGUGUUAGAUUUGAAAAUUCCUGGAGUUGGCUUGGAUGCUCAUGUGGCUGAAGAUCAACCCUCUCCAAUUCUGGCAAAACAAUCUGAUGUUACUGGCACCGGGAUCCAGCAUUCAGAAAUAAACAAAGCAGGUCAAGAUGCAAAUGUCAGUUCACCUACUAUCCUAACAUCAGGAUACACUCAGGUUGUUUCUUCUUCACUUACAGCAGACCAGAAGGACAUUGCUAAGAGGAAUGAAAAGGAAAAUGUCAAUGUAUUACCUGAAAAGGGAAACAAAUCUCAAAAAAAUGGCUCUAUAGACUCCAAUGUCAAAGAAGUGGAAACACCAGCAAAAACUAUAGGCAGAUUUUCUGUGAUCAGCACUCAGGAUGAAUUAACUUUAUCAUCUGUGCAUUCCUUGAGGUAUUCUGCACCUCCAGAUGUUUAUCUGGACAAUCAGCCUUCUAGCCCUGAUAUAAAGUCAUCUCUGCGUCGUGUGCAGACAGCUUCCUCUUUUGAUAUCCUUUAUGGAAAGGAUUCCAGUGAUUCUGGAGACGAAUCUCUUCCAGGAAAACAAGUUGCAUCUCCAUUGUCUUCUCAGAGCAGUAGACUGGGAAACGAUAACAUUAAAAAGACUUCAUGUAUUCUGCAAAAGUCAGUAAAGUCAAGUUCACAGGGCCUUAAUUCUCCAAAUGGUCAUGGAUCAAAAAUCCCAACUAUCAACGUAACUUCUUUCCAUUCUCAGUCAUCAUACGUGAGUAGUGACAAUGACUCUGAGUUUGAAGAUGCAGACAUGAAAAAAGAAUUGCAGAACCUGAGAGAAAAACACAUGAGGGAGAUUACUGAGUUGCAGUCACAACAGAAAAAAGAAAUAGAAGCUUUGUACGUUCGUCUGGGAAAACCACUACCACCCAAUGUCGGAUUCCUUCAUUCUGCUCCACCAAGUGGCCGCCGAAGAAGAACAAGCAAGCACAAAUUAAAAACUGGGAAAUUGCUAAACCCCGUUGUCCAGCAGCUCAAAACAUCAAGUGCAAGCAAUAUAUCAGAGCAUAAAGACCCUUUGGCUAAGGGAAGCACUAGAGCUCAAGCAGACUCUGCUGAAGCAACAGGACUGACUGUGUCCACAUCAGCCAUACUUGACAGCUCAGUUCAGACUCAGCAACCUUGCUCUGUCAAGGCUUCAUUAUCCUCUGACAUUUGCUCUGGAGUAGCUUCUGAAGGAGGCGAUGUCCGUGGAAAUUCUGGCCAAGGCUGGACGGUUUUCCACCAAACGUCUGAGAGAGUGACCUAUAAAUCUAGUAGCAAACCUCGUACCAGAUUCCUCAGUGGACCUGUGUCUUUGUCCAUCUGGUCCACCCUGAAACGACUAUGUCUAGGCAAAGAUCACAGUAGUAGAUCUUCAGCAAACAGCCUUGUAGCAUAUCCAGAUCCUCUACCACAAACAACAAUACAGGUUCAGGUACAAGCCAACAACAGUAACAACAAGAAAGGAACCUUCACAGAUGAUCUCCACAAAUUGGUGGAUCAAUGGACAAACAAAACCAUGGGAACUGUACAAGCAAAGCCAUCCUUAAAUCAACUUAAACAGAAUCAAAAACGGCAAGACAUGGAGUCCAAGGCUAAUCCCAUGCAGACACAGAAUGAGACCUGUGGAGUUAAUGCAGCAAGAACAGGAAUGGGGAAAAAGUGUGUUGUUCCAGUGACUUGUCCACUGUCAGCUGCAUUAACUUCUGGAGUUCCACCAUCCCAGCCAGUGCCUAUGCCAGGUACUCUCCUAACUGGCCCAGUCAAACCUUAUGUGAUGUCUCUUGGUCAGUAUGGAGGAGUUCUCCCUACGACCUUCUUUGGAGUGCCCUGGUCGGGCCCAACUACCCAGCUGGGGAUGAGAGGAGGCCAGAGCAUUGCACAGUUUCCAGCUCUUUGCCCUAGUAGCUUCCAGUUGUUUCCAGUGCCCCUGCAGAGGCCCUAA